AUGGGAAGCAGAAUUGACCAAGGAGAGAAUUUGGUAAACGAAAUUAUUUCUCAUUUGAAAAACAACGAGGUAAGGAUAGUAAACGUGAUGUUGGCUGGUUAAACACAUGCAAAAUGUUUGAUUUAAAGUGAAUUGACACACAAAAAAAAUUGCAACAGUUACAUUUCCCAAAAUAUAAACAUUGUAUAUAGUGAGUUGAACUGUAAGAUAUUAAUGCAGAAAUUUCACCAACCGUUCUUUCCUUUUAAACAUGAUCGGCCAAAGUAGAUGAGGUACACUUUGACUUUAAACUUGCCUAAUUAUUUGCUCAAAGAAUCACUUAAUAAGCCUAGUAUCUUUAAUGCUGUAUUUUCACGAUCUAGUAAAUAAGAUACUCUUAGGUUAUUUAACAAAACUGUUCUAUAUUUAAGAAAAAAUGACAUGCACCCAUCAAACAUUUCGAAUUUCCACACUAGCUUCACUUUAACAACGAUAGUUUAAUUGGAGCUAAUUGAGAGGACCUCAGCGGCAUUUCAAGAUAAAGAAAAUCGUCUAAAUUAUUCAAUAGAAGAAACACUUAUAAUUAACCCAUUUCAAGUAAGUUUACCACAAUAGCAUCUAAAUCAGAGAAACCCUAAUUAAAUGGCUUCAUUUAACUUUUCUAUGAAAAAUUUAUCGUUCGAAUCCUUCCUUCUGAUUUUGACUGAAAACGAAAUGGAAAAAUGAAAACUAUCCAGACUAUCAUGCUCCUUGCCGACUUAUAUUAUGCGACUCUAAACUGCUAAGUUAACUUAAUUUUUACAAGGACAGCUCCGACAAACAGAAUUUUUUUUUGAGGACACUUCAGAAUGGUUGUCAUUUCAAUACAUGUUAUGUUGAACUUUCGCUGAGGGACCUUUCUCACAAGCUGGUUCAAUUGGAAUUAAAAUUUAGUUUAUUUUUGACCCCAGCGUGUCCAGUAAAGUUAAGCAAAGGUUGGUUGCUUUAAUUUAAGUCGAGGCGGAUUGGCUCAAUUGACAGACUUAAUUUAAGCGCCGCGGGAAGUACCGAUUUGCUCACAGCAACAAUAACAACUUUAUUCAUAGGCAGCAUAUUCAAGAGUUAAAAUUAUUAAAAGUACAAUAAAGCGUAACAACUCGAUGAUGCGACAGUCGCGAAGGGUAACUUGUAACUGCCCUUGGUUUGUUUCUCCUUCUAUGCCAAGUGCAUGUUAUUGUUUUACUGGCGAUCAGUGUAAUCUCGUUCUGGUCGUAGGAGAUCUGGGUACGAGAUAAUGCCGCGUAAGGAAAUUAGGUCGAACGCAUUUGGUACAACACUGAGAGCCGCAUAAUCAUAUAACAUAACAUGCCAUUCUUGCAGGAAUUCAGGGCUGGAGGAGCAAAAAGUCCUAUAGCAUCCCGGUCACCAAGUGGUCAGUCCAGCAGCUCAACAUCUCCUAGCCAGCUGCAUUCGAGAGAGAAGACUAAAGCUAUCUUCAUAUUUCCUUUGGCUGAGAAAUACCGAUGUCCCGUGUGUAGAGAUGUAUUACGAUAUCCCAUACAGUUUGACGAAUGUGGACACAGGGUCUGUUCCGCGUGUUUUCCUGAGUUAUGCAGGUAAACUCACUUUAGUCCUUAUUUAUGAUGAAGAGAAUCAAGAAGGAUAAAGGCAUAUCAAACAACAAACUAAGAUUCCAUCUCUUUCCCCUUUUUCCUCUCUUGCAAGGAUCAAAUAACUUCUAGAAAAGGGUUAAUGGGUUUGAGAAUAGAAUAGAAUCGAAUCGAUUAGAAGAGAAUCAAAUAGAAUAGAAUAAAAUGAAAUAGAAUGGAAUGGGAUUGAAUGGAACGGCAUGGAAUGGAGUAGAACAGAACAGAACAUGAUAGAACAGAACAGAACGGCACGGAACGGAACGGAACGGAACGGAACGGAAUGGGAUGGAAUGGAAUGGAGUGGAACGGAAUCGAAUCGAAUCGAAUCGAGUAGAAUAGAAUAGAAUAGACUAGACUAGACUAGACUAGACUAGACUAGACUAGACUAGACUAGAAUAGAAUAGAAUAGAAUAGAAUAGAAGAGAACAGAACGGCACGGAACGGAACGGAACGGAAUGGAAUAGAAUAGAAUAGAAUAGAAUAGAAUAGAAUAGAACAUGAUAGAACAGAACAGAACGGAACGGAACGGAAUGGAAUGGAAUGGAAUGGAAUAGAAUAGAAUAGAAUAGAAUAGAAUAGAAUAGAAUAGACCAGAAUAGAACAGAACAGAACGGCACGGAACGGAACGGAAUGGAAUGGAAUAGAAUAGAAUAGAAUAGAAUAGAAUAGAAUAGAACAUGAUAGAACAGAACAGAACGGCACGGAACGGAACGGAACGGAAUGGAAUGGAAUGGAAUGGAAUAGAAUAGAAUAGAAUAGAAUAGAAUAGAAUAGAAUAGAAUAGACCAGAAUAGAACAGAACAGAACGGCACGGAACGGAACGGAACGGAAUGGAAUGGAAUAGAAUAGAAUAGAAUAGAAUAGAAUAGAAUAGAAUAGAAUAGAGUAGAAUAGGAUGUCCAUGCCUGCAUUCCUUUGUAUUUGCUGAGUCAUCUCAUAUACCUUCUUCUAACGUUUAGAGCGGUUAUUUUCCUGUUUCACUCAGUUUGAUGGAAGUUCUAAUAGUUUGAAUUUUUAUAAAUAUCGCGACACACUAGUACAACUCCUUUAAUAAAUAAAGCGUAAGAUUCGUAAGCCGGUUACCAGAGUUUAUUUAUCACGUUUUGAGGCUGAAUUAAGGGAUUUACUACUCCUAUACCAAACGGGGUUGUAUCAAGUUUAUCAAAGCUCGACUUAAUUGUUCUUUAAUCUUUACAGAGUGGAGCCGCGUUGCCCAAUGGACCAGAAGCCGAUUAGCAAAGAUACUGUAAGUAUAUAAAAGAUAUUCUACAGACUAAAAGCUAAGCCUUCGACUAUCACUGCUACAUGACUGAAAAAAAAAACAUAAUCCCAAGAGCGAUCUCGUAUACUUAAGUCUACGGCGCCUUUUUGACUGGCUGAAAAAAAGCUUGUUGGUGGUUGUACUCAGCGCCUCUUCAUUUUAGAUUUCUUCAUUCUAAAAGCUAGACAACGGCCAAUAUUAAGACAAUGUUAUAUCUUAUCUUCUCCUUAUUGAAGGCGUAUGUGGAUAAAGCAUUCAACCGAGAGAUUUUAGAACUUGAUGUCAAGUGUAACAAUCAUGAGUGGGGCUGUAAGUGGGAAGGAGAGUUUCAGCAAGUUCAGGUGAGAUGGGGGAGGGAGAAGGGAGGGAGGGAAUAUAACCAAAGUUUGACCUUUUCUCUACCCCUUCGGAAUCAUCAUCCAUUCAAUCAACUUCUCGCCUUUACUAUUAAAGACGAGUAUUGCGACAUUCUUUUUGGAAACUACCUUGCACACAGUACAUCAAACGAACCAGUCAGUUUUUCUUCAAUUUCUAAUUCGUAGGAUUUCAAUCACAUUGAGCAAGGUUAUUUUAAAAGAGUUAGAGAAUUAAAUUAUGUUUUAUUUUCAAUAGAGCAAAAAGAAAAACGGCAAAUUAAUAAAUCAACAGAAAUCUUAUAGGGUAAAAACUUUAAAAUAGGAAGAGGAAGAUAAAGGACCACGCGGUUGAAAGCGUACUUGAAAAAGAUUGCAUGAAUUUAGUAAGAUUUUUGUUGCGCAUGUGCUGCUUGUUGCUGGGGAACAGUUUUGAACCCAGGCUUAAAAGCCGUGCGCGUGGAGCCUCCAUUUUUUCCUCCUCACACAAGAAGACAUAAGGAGACUCUGUUAAGUUCGCAGAGUGUGGGUGUCUUGUAUCUUCAGUCGACAAACGAAUCGCUGGAUAACGUGAAAGAAUCGUUAACACUGAAAUCGACUGUUCCCUCUUCAGGAACACCAAGAAACUUGCGAGUUUGUGGCAAUGCUCUGUACUUACGACUGUGGCGCUAAAUUUCAAAAACGAUUCUUCGAGAAGCACGCGAACAAAGAUUGUCCAAAAAAGAUUAUCGCCUGUCCGUACUGCGACGACAGACAUCUCAGGGAGAACAGAAAGGUUGAGUGUGAUUCAUGUUGUUUUAGUUGCAAUUACUUAACUUGAGAUGGGCGUCGGUUAGGACCAUACUCAGCUAUACCAGUUUCACUUUCUUUUGAAACUAUUCACCUUAAAGUUACAUGUAACUUUUUUUAAAAAAACUUUUUUACUUGAUAAAAAGGUGUUAACUAAUUAAUUUAAAGGCAGCUCACAACAUUGGAACAAAAAUAACUCUUAUUGAUUAGAGCAAGAAGGUCCCCGAUUUCCUCAGCCCGAAGGCAGUAAAACAGCUAAAAACUAAUCAAGGCAGGAGUGGAAUAAGAAAAGAAAUUGGAAAAAGUUGAAAAUUUGCUUUUAAGUAACAAAACAGUCAGAUGUAGAGAAAAAGUAAAAAGUGCCAAAAUUUGCCACAAAAUAAGAGAAAAACCACUGUUACACUAAAAAUCCCUCGGAGAAUACAGUGAACCAGAAGUCGUCUCUGGUUUUAUUUGCAUCUUAAAGUUUUAUGUUUAAGCUUAUUUGGAGACAGCGAAAAAAAUCGCAUAAAACACCACAAGUCUAAACUGGCCGUACCCUUUACGACUACCAGCAGUCGUUCCUCUUUUGACCAAAUUAUUAUAUGUAUUUCAGAGUCAUUUUGAUGAAUGUCAAAAGCUUCCGAUGCCUUGCCCUAACAAAUGUGAAAAGACAAUUGUUAUCAGCAGAGAUGAGGUGAGGAAAGCGUAACACCUGGGAUGAGUUCAGGGGCAGUUUAAAGUUCCCUUGCUUUUGUUUGUGGCGUAAUCACUAACGACAUGUACGGUGGAAAUUAGAUUUAACAACAAACUCGACGAUCGUAAGGCCUUUUUCUCUUUUGUCAACUUUAAGAAACCUCCAAGGGCUUUGUAAUGUGCCCGGAGUGGGGAAGAUGAUGACAACAAGGGCGACAAUGAUUAAUGGUAUCUUAAAGUUGGUGGUGGUGGCAAUGACGGUGAAAGUCAAGAAUGACUUUAUUUAAAACCAUUUUGGCCAGUUUACUUUAAAAGCGUCUUUGGUUUGAAAAAAGUCGAUGCUUGAUUUUAUUUUCUGGGCGGAGGACGCUAAAGAUAGGAACACAAGGGAUAUCGAGCAUUCCAUUCAUCAUUUUAUUUUCAUCCAUUGUGUUCCAGAUUGAUCAUCAUGUCGCUGAGGAUUGUCCAAAGACAAAAAUGGACUGUGACUUCUUAGAGAUUGGGUGCAACCACAAUGUAAGAAUUUUACAUUAUUCCAUUUACUGCCAAGAUAGCGUUCAAUUUGAUUGAAAAUUAUUGUAUCGCUCAGUCCAGUUAAACAUGUUUGCGUAUUAAGUCCUAGACUGUGCAUAGACAUUGCUUUAUUUUUCUUUUCGAUAAUCGGCGAACGCGCGAGAGCGAGCUCGGAUCGCUUUUCUUCUUCCCCACCUCUACCCCUUGCGCUGGCGGUAUUUUAAUACCCCCCCCGCGUUUUUAUUUUUACCACGCGCGCUCGGCGGAGUUUUAAGAGAAAAUAGAGAGUCUGUGAACAGGCUAUUUAAGUCCCCAUGCUACGGAGACUUAUGGAGGUUGUCGAAAUAGUAUUGUAAAAAAUCUGAGGGUCAACCGUUAAUAACGUCUUGCUUUCCUUGAAUACAAUGCUACACUUACAGUGCACUUUACGGUUAUCUGACAUCAUAAUCUUAACUGAAAAAAUGAAUUUAAAAAUUAUAAAUGACUAGGAAAAAUAUCAGUUCCCUUUCACUGAUAUAUGAAACUGACUGCACUUCUUUUUCUCUAAAUCAUAACUACAUGCUUAGUGUAGUCGAGAGAAGCUUCCAAAGCACCGCAAGAAAGAGAUAAUAAAUCACGUUAAAAUGCUCUAUGACGUUGUCAUGGCGACGAAAAAAGAACUGCAGGAGACCAAGAUUCAGUUGAAGGAGCAGAUCGAGGCAAAUCAACAACAAGAGCAACGUAUUGCAGACCUAGAAAAGAUCACAAACAGUCAGCUAAUCUGGAGAAUAGAAGAUUAUCACAGAAAGUUCAGAGCCGCAAAAAGCGGUGAGAUGGACACUAUUUUCAGCCCAGAGUUUUACACCAGUAGGAAUGGGUAUCGGCUGAUGGCCUCCGCUUGUUUGAAUGGCGAUGGCAAAGGAAAGGGAACGCAUUUAUCUGUCUUUAUCAGCGUAGUUCAAGGUGAGCUUACAUUCACAACCCUGUUAUUGAAACCGCCGUAUUAAGGGGUAUUGGCACAUACUGAUCUAGUAACGGCUUUCAACAAUGACGAGUAUCACGUAAUUCUGCAUGGCACUUAACCCUCAAUAACGCAAUUUCACACUUUUCAAUAAUCGAGUCAGUCUCCGACUAGAACGCAUUUAUAUGUUUGUUGGUUUCGCUCCCGGGUGGGUGGGUGACUCCUUAGUGACGACAGCUGAGUUGUUUGUCCGAAAAUUAGAAAUAAAGCCGUGAAGAAAACUAAUUUUGGAGUGGCCAAAGCUUUAUAAGACCCCUACGGUGCGAGUCACAGAAGAGUCCAGUGCUGAAAAAUGAGUAAUUCAAAGAGAUUUUGAAAUAGCUGCGCUGUAAACUCGUCUAACCAAAACGCAUUCUCCCAUCUUAGGGAUUUACGACCCUCUUUUAAAAUGGCCGUACAACUACAGGACUACGUUCUACCUUUUGGAUCAGAACCCAGACCUUCAAAAAAGAAAACACAUCUCGUUUUCCGUGAAGCCAAACGUGUGUCCAGAGAACGAGGCAUUUCUUGGUCGACCCAGGACCAACAAAAAUCCAAGCUUUGGGUCCGGGAAGUUCGCUUCUCACGAGGACAUUGAGAAAGGAGCAUACGUUAAAGAUAAUACCAUGUUUAUUAAAGUUGUCGUGGAUUGCGACGGAUUUAGCGAGCCUUGAACGCUUUAAAAUCAGAUUUGAUGAUAGCACAGGAUUAGUUGUUAAAGGUUAAAGGGACUACGUCAGCCUAUUUUAGUAAAACGCUAAAAGUUUUUUCGCGUCAAUUGAAUUCCAAAAAUAAUGGUCCAGUUUGUCAUUUAAGACUAUAUUCAGGCUUCUUAACUGUUUUCUGCUAGCUUGCGAGCAAGCUCUCCUAGUUGGGCGGGUGAAGCGAGCCGCGCAAGAACGCGCAAGCGAGUGGCGAGGGGCGGAGGAAAGAAGAGAUUGUUGCAAGCUCUCCUUUCUCUCCCCAGCCUUCCGCUUUCGUGUCCCCUCUCGCGUGUCUCUGCGCGUAUACUUUUCAUGUAGAGCUUGCUCGUAGGCUAUUUCCCACCGGCUAUUACAACAGAUGGAAAGGAUGGACGUUCACUUUUUCACCGGUUUCACCUGGUAAAGACACUUAGUAAUGACCAAAGCACAGAAUUGACCAACAACGGCAAUAUCCUAGUGACAAAGCCUUUUUAAGCAUAUUGUAUUAGCAUUUGAGACUGGGUCGGAAUUGCAUUAUGGGACUGUUUUGGGCGGAAGUGCAACCUUGUAAUAUCCAAUGAACGAAGAGAUAGAGUCUCAAAAGCAUUCCCAUAGUGCAGUUCAAAACAACACUGACUCAGUCUCACGCCUAACUUGAAAUGGCAAGCGAGAAUAAUGGGACAGAGAGGGAAUCUUUAGGCGUUGGCCUGGAUACUGUGUGAAGUCUUUCAUUCUAGGGUGUCCGCACAUUUUUAUCGAUAGCUUGAAACGUCAUCACGUACACGCGCGACUGCCUCAAAGCAAGCAUUGCAGAAUAUUGUAAUGGCGAUUCAUCAAGAGAGCAUAACGUCCCCUUAUUCUCUCCUGACAACACUAAAUAAAACUUUGCGGACCUCUCCGGAAACCAACUUCCUAUUAAUUUCAAGCGUUUAAUUAAAAAAUAAAAAUAAAUAAAUUUGGUGAAAUUCACAUAUCCCAAGGGGUAGACUGGGCGUUUCUUUCUUUGUCCAAUUAUUCUCUCUUGCAAAUGACUAAUAAUCGCCUCGGCACAAUCAUCAUUAUCGUCUACAUUGUCAUUAUCUAAUGUCUGUAAUUUUUGUAAACACAUGUUAUCUUCCCUAAGUUCAUGUAAUGCAGGUGUCUUCAUUUAUCAAAGUUGAAAGGUGUAAGUUAAUUAAUUCAAAUACGAAAAUACAUUUCCUUUAGAGCUGGAUCAAGAAGUUUACCCUGUAUAAUAAAUACUGCAGAUAUUGUGUAAAAUCGUAUUGCAAACCAGAAGCUAUGAGACUUCCUAAAACCAUCAUAGAAAAUAGAAAAAGUGUAAUAUUUACAACAACAACAGGAAAUUUUAAGCGUACAUAGAAUAAGGUUUCCUUCUCAAACUCGCAUGCGUAGGUAUACUCUACAGUCCCUUAAACUCAACCCCGCAUUCCAUCAUGAACCAAUUCUCGAUGCUAGAACCUUGUCCGUCUUCAUUCAGCGGGCGCGAUGGCUCUGGGCCUUUAGCUACGAGCAAGACUAAAAACACUGAAGAAACAUGCCUAAGGGUUGAUUUCCAGUGCAGUCGCGUAAUUUUUAACGUGCGUACGUGCGUAAAAUUUACGUUGGCAAAUGAAAUAGAGGCAGUAUAUGAAAGGUCGCUCGUACGCGUAAAAGUUGAACCUCGCUCAACUACUUUGUCGCUUAAGCUCAGCACUUUUUAUCUUGCCUCUAUUUUAUUUACGUGAUUGAAAUUUACGUGCGUUACCGUGCGUUACCGUGCGUUACCGUGUGUAUCCAAAAACGCGUCAGUGCCGGGAAAUCAACCUUGAGAGGGAGAAACUGAGCUCUUAGAUUGAGCCGUCAUGAGAGAUACAGCUUUAAUUUAUGAGACUCGUCAUGGCUUAAACGAUAAUAUGGACAAUAAAUGCCAUGGCAACGAAAAACGUUCUCUCGUUUGGUUCUAAUAUUGGCUUUGACACCGAACGUUCCUCGAUUCACUUUUAUUAUUAUUAUUAUCAUCAUCAUCUUUUUUCGUUGUAGGAAUUUAAGUUGACUAUUUAUAGAAAUUCUAAAGAAAGUGUUACCCGAAAGAAGCGUUCAGAAAACGGCUUAAUUCAACAAUUAAGUGUCAUUUGGCGAAUUACAUUUGAAAGUAACAUCAAGCAGGAAAGCUGUAGUACUGAAUGCGGAAAGAGAUUUCUUUGCUUUCCCAUUUCAGUCAUUAAUGGUUCGAUUCAUUUCUAGGGAAGAAGUUGUAUUUUGUUUAGCAUGACAACAAAUGUAUAAAUACACAAAGAUACAAAUAAUCUCUACUCAGAAAAAACGAGAAGCCCUUACAACGAGCAAUUUGAUUGGUUGAGCUUUAGAAACAGGUGCUGUCGAAUAGUACGCACAGUGUGAUUGGUCAAUUGAAGAGCUUCUUUGGAGGCAGGUGCUCUGUUGGUAGUUUAUGCAAUAUUCUUUCGCGGAGAUCUAUCUAUUCGCAGAAAACUUCAAACCAACGUUGCGGGAUUUGAAUUGUUUAACAAGAUGCCGGACAUUGGCUCAAGCCAGAACGUUCAGCAGACUCAGGAGCCUGCUGGAGGCAAAAAUAAUACCCCAAAUGGACUUAACUCCGGCAUGGAUCCAGAGGUUAGUGGGAAUUACUAUUAAGCUAAAAUUUUCUCGGCUUCCGAUGGCAAUUAUACAGAACUUUGAGCUUAUCGAGAUUACAGAAAGCGAUAAUGAGGACAGUUUUUCAAGAUGUGCAGUUUGACUAAAACUAACUGCAAGAACCAUAGACACAACUCGCAGUGUUCUUUAUCGUAAGCUAAUGACAGGUCAAAGGCAAAUCGUCGAUUAUCCCGCAAACAAAAACAUUUACUACAUGUAGUAUCGGUAUAUUUGCACUUAAAUGCAAAUUUAAAAUGAAAACGCACUUGAAGCCCGCACUUGAUUUCUCCUUUUUUUUUUCUUUAGUUCUUUUUUCCUAUACCUUUGUUAGUAUUUCUUGCUGAGCUUGUAAGUAAUUUAAACUGAGACGAGUAUGCAGCAUCGAAGUUGCAAAAAUAUUGUGCAAAUCUCGACAUUUACAGUUGCUCCCUAAUUCUAAUUUUCAGUGCGAUAUGUUUGCGGGAUUACUUAAACAAUGCUCUUUAGCUACCUUUUAUACUUGUGGGGGUGAUAAAAUAACAAUUGGAAGGCAGUUUUUACUCUUUAACUUUUGUCAAAAUGGGAGUAUGUUUCUCCACAUACUUAAAGUGCAUUUUGCAUUUCUCCGUCUGCUUUCCACGUAGGAGUCGAGUAAUUAUCGUAAAUAGUUUUACAUAAUAAACCAACUAAAACAUUAAAAGAUUCACUGCCAACAAUUUUGUUUUUCGGCUACUGCUUUAUAUGAAGUCUUCGUAAAAAGUCAAAUCGGAAGCCGUCAAAGGUUAAGGCGAAUUUUAACAGUUUUCGAGCCAUUUGGCGCGUACCACUGAUGAUUAGAGUAUACCCGCCGUCUGCAGCAACCGUAGAUUCUCAACUAGCAACGUUGAAAUUUCUUGUAAUUCUUGAAAAAGAAUCUAACUUGCUGUGGAUAUUUCAAUCCUCUUGGGUAAAACUCAUUCACAUGGCUUUUUUGAGCAAAUUGUUUUCACCAUUAUUAUUUUAUUAUUUAUGGAAACUGACAUAAAGAAUGCGAGCAAAUCAUUUAGUGUACAGCAGUUAGUUAAGAACUAACAAAAAAGGAGCACCGGCUGGGAAUAAUUUGUGGAAUAUGCAGUUGAGAGCAUGAAUGUCAAAACAUUAUCUGAGAUGUAAUGGACAAAAUUUAAAGAAAGUAUGGGUGAAAUGUCCAAGAAAAAUAAUGGCCUCGCAGCCAAUAUCCACCGAUAUAAUCAGCUCAUUGCUUACAUUUUCCUUUACUUUGCAACUAGCAAGAUCUGUAGGGCGCCUGUCAUUCAAACCAACAGACAGAGAGUGCAUAUUUCGUAAUAUUAAUAUUUGCUUUUCAAAAAGAUAAAAAUUUCGAUUUUUUUUUUCAACUUUAUGUGCGCUUACUGAUCGCUGUUUUCAAUUACAACCCAUUUGACCUUCCUUUGCUGAAUAAACUUGGAGAAAUGGAAAGUUAGACUACUGAGAUAUCAUGAUUUUAUCCCAUAAAAUCAUGAUAGUCUCAGCGGUAGUCUUGUAGGCUACAAGAGUUGUCUCUCAGCGAUAAUUGAAUGAGAAAGACAAAUACACCAAAAACUAUAAUUAUAAUGCAUGUAAAACAAUAUGAGAAACGCAAAACAAUGUGGGCAGUUCGUCUUUUGUUUCGUUAAAUAUAACACAAUUUUACCUGCGGCCAAGAAAAAAGGGAGGUUUGAAAGGGAACAGGCUGAAAAUAAUUGCUGUUAUUGAAAAUAUCGGUCAGUAUUCCGUAACUAUUCAUGAGUGGGAUGCCUAAAAUGUGUACAAUUCCAUAAUUUGUUUUGGGUCCAUUAAAACCUACACCAAUUGCAGAACAUUUUAGUUGGAGCCACCCACAAUGAGCGUACAGCUAUGACAGGACAUAUUGCCCUGUUAUAUCGCGCCGUAUUGUGUACCGUAUUGUCUGUUACCACGGCACCAAACUUACUGAAUGAUCUCACAUCUCCUGCUGGAAGUUUUCUAAAAAUGAAAAGCUGUUGUUGCCUUGGAAACUGAUUAUCGCGUCAAAAUAUGGACGGAGAAGAUACGAAAACAAUUCGGUAUUGUUCUUUUACGUGCUGCUAAAUGUUUCUCACUAAAUUAGAAUUGACUUGUGCCAGUUGAGUUUAUCAAGAAGUGAAUACUUUUAUGUCAGUUUCAGUUAUAUGAUGGUAUAACGGUUUUGCUGUUUUGCAUUUUCAGUCACGUUCAGUUUUAGCCAAUAAACUUACCACCAAUAACAAAAUUCCGGUUAGAAACUACCCGUUAAAUUAUUUAUUUGUUAAAAAAGCUAAUUGAAUGGAAGACACUUGAGCGUUUUAAGGAAAACACUGCGUCUAUGUUAUAGCCACACUUGAGAGUGGUUUUUUUUUCCAAGAAUUUUGCAUGGACGACUGGAUGUGAAGUCAUCUUUUUUUUAUAUAACCCAUAGGAAAAUAACAUGACCGGGGGAAGGCAGAAUUAUAGCCCCACCGGAAGCGCUAGAUCUCGUGAAAGCAGCCGAGGAAGUCCAGCUCCCAGUUUAAAAGAAAAAAUUGAUCUCAAGCCAGUCUUCAUUUUUCCUUUGCAAGAAAAGCAUAAAUGUCCGAUUUGCCAAAGCGUGCUUCGAUACCCCGUGCAGUUUGAGGAGUGUGGGCAUCGAGUAUGUUCAUCGUGUUUUGCUGAAUUAGAGAGGUAAGUUAAACAAAUGUUAGAUCACUUUCAUUUUCAUGUUUAUGUUCAUGUCGGUUAAUUGCCGUAGUAAAUUUAAACUGCUUAGCUGUCAUUUUUCAGGUUCAGUAGUUCAAGACAAAGUUAUUGCAAGGACCUUGGAGCAUUUUGGUAGUUCCUCGCACAAAAAUUUAUUAGCUAGCUUUUGCAUCAGAAAAAAAGUAUCCGAAACCUACGAAAUUUGACAAUACAUUAUUUUACUAAAUGAGACUGAUAAAAUGUUGAAAUAUUUAUGUCUCGGAAAGAAAUGUGCGAUUGCCUAUUUAACGAUGGUAAACCUGAGUAAAUUCGUUUACUUAUGCAAAAUAUCCACAAUUUCAAGAAGCCACGUUUUCGCUAACUCCAUUUGAAAAGACUCGACUUUAAAAAAAAAAAAAUGUAUGUCAAUGUAUUUAGCAGGAAAGUGCUAAUUGCAUGGGACACUAUUUUUACGUCUCCUACUGGAGACGGGACCGCCAUUUAACGUGGUCAUCCGAGUCACGCGAGGGUCUAGCCAUUUGCAGGGCAAAGGCAGUACCUUCAUUUCUCAGUUAUUUUAAGACCCUGAAUAUUGUUCCGACCCCGGGAAUCAAACCCGCGACCUCCAGCUCUGCAGUCAAGCGCUCUACCUACUGAGCUAAUCGUCAAUAUGCUGUUGCUCAAUUACAUUUAACCGAAGAUUUUAGACUGUUACUUCAAAAUGUUUUCGAAUGUAUCCGUUUUUCGUCCUCAAUUUCAUCGAUAAAGAGUCCCCGUUAAUUGUACGACCCUGAAAAUUGAAAAGAUGUGCGGCGGGUAUUUAGUGACUUUUGUAAAUAACAACAGUAGGCCAGUAUCUACAUUUUUUUUCAACAGGGUCAAGGCCUGGAAAUUUUUCAAUGCAUACUGCGAAAACGGUUCCACCUUUAUAGAAAACGAUUACCAGAAUGGAUAAAUCUGAACCGACUGGCUUGACGUAGUCAUGACUGAAGAUUAUAACGAAACCAGUCGAAAAAAUGUUUUAUACGAAGAAAUAUGUCUUUAUUCUGAACCAUUUAGAUGAAAUAUGAUGAACCACUUAAGUGAAAAAAAGUAUAAAUUACAUUUUGUUUUUUUUCUUCUCUAUUAUAUGAAGUGAAUUUGCUAUUGUAUUGUUAUGUCUAUAUUUCAGAGAGGAAAACCCUCGCUGCCCAGUUAACCAGACUCCUAUUGAUAAGGAUAAAGUGAGUCAAAACUUAGGGCCUGUUUACAUGGAGGUGGGGGACCCCAGGUAGGUGAGGUAACUCACUUUGGUGGGAUAACCCGCCUGUCCAUAUGAUAAUCCCUCAUUUUAGUUUGAUCACGUUUACAUGAUAAUUGGAGUGACCCGCCACAUGUUACCUCACCUAUCUGGGGUCCCCCACUUCCAUGUAAACAGGCCCUUAAAUAUUGAACCUUAGAGCUCUCCACAGUCUCUUCACGCCAAUUAAACAGGCGAACUCCGCCCCAACUGAAUACAGUGUGUUGACUACCAAACAGUAUUAUACAAAAGUGUGCCGGUAUUGUUCAAAAAUUGCAUGCUUUGUAGUUUCGACCUUUUCUGAAAAUAAUAUAUUAUGUACAUUUGCUCAUUUUUAAAACCCUUGUUCACUCCCGGCACUCGUUCAUGCAAGCAAGAAUCUCCCCUUGGUUCAUGUGUUUGACUUGUCAGGGGCAACUGAGAAGGCAGUUUAAUAUUCCCGUACUGUACAUUCCAAGAGCCUACGGCUAUCGGGAAAGAAAUCAUGGAUUACAGUCAUUCUCUGCCGGUUCUUGGCAUUUAUCACUUAAAUGAAUGUCUCUUCUUUUAUGACAGGCAUCGAUUGACAAAGCUUUUAACAAUGAGAUCCUGGCCCUAGACGUGAAGUGCAAAAACCACGAGUGGGGAUGCAAAUGGGAGGGAGAAUUUAAGAACUAUCAGGUAAACAGAUAGUUGUGCAGCUAUACGUAACAGAUUUUAGCCACAAUGCUGGUCUUUGAAUGACCCUAGUUUUAAGGUCCCGGAUCUCAUGAUCCCGUGAUAUUAAGGCAUUGAACAACCCGCGAUCGCGUGUAAUGCACAUUAGUCACGUGACAACUCUAAAAUCAGUCUCCGCGUGAACUGAAGACUGUGUGUGAGAUACAUGAGUCGAAAGCUUCAAUGCUUUAAUGAUACGGAACCUUGAGACUAAAGGUCUCAUACGUUAUCGGCUAUUCUUUCAGAUAUUGGGUGUUUAUGGCUGGGAAUGUUUGAACAAUUUUAAAAUUCGCAAGGAACUGAAAUUACCCGAGUAAUCAAGCACGCAGCCUGCUUGCCGGUUUCACUAGACAACCUUGGGUGAAAAGAUCUGUUUUCUGCCAUAUGAUUCAUUGUAGAAGUAUAACAGAACCGAAGAAAAUCGAAAAAGAAUCGAGAAAGAUGGCACUGACCAACGUUAUUUUUACGCUCAAACAUGCUGAAAUAGAUAUGUCUAUACUCUAAGGCGCAGUAAAAACUUUUAUUAAACCACCGCCCAAUUUUUUAUAUCACUUUCUGGCAAUCUUAUAGAUAAAUACAAGCUCCCUUGCAACACCAGCGACAAUUGACUACUAAUGAGGGAAAACAGAGAUUAUAGAGACCGAAAAAAUAUACGUUUUUUUAACGAAAAACGAACUUAAAACGUGCUCACAAAAAUAUUUUUAUUACUCUCAAAUACCGGUUAAAGAGGAUUCUCUCUAAGGGCUGGGUUCGGUCUGGAUUUUACCUGGUGUUAUCUAACACUGUACUAGGUUUGUCCGGUAGUAAUGUGGGAGUUCAGCUUAGAGAAAGGUCUCUGUUGAUUGACAUUCGACGAUUUUUAAAUCGUGCUUUAAGGCACUGCACAUUUGAAGGAUAUGUAUUUUGAUAUUUUAACAUGCCUUGUAGGACCAUUAUUCAAACUGCGAGUACGCUGAAAUCCUGUGCCAGAAUGACUGUGGAGCUAAAUUUCAAAAACGAUUUCUGCAAAAACAUUUGGACAAAGACUGUCCCAAGAAAAUCAUUGCCUGUCCGUACUGUGACGAACGGCAUCUGCGCGAGGACAAGAAGGUAAAAAACGAAUUAACUUUAAAGGAAAGAGAAUUCUUUUCUCUUCUCAAGUUUCCCUUCUUACUUCUUAUCACUAACUCGUUUUUUGUAAACGUACGUGGAUAUCACUUGAUGUUUUGAAAGUAACGUGCUAAGGUUUGCGUUAACCGCCCCUUAACUCGGAUUAAAUCUUCCUCCCGAAGGGUCAGUUCGGACUUGUGCCUUGUACAACGACGGAGGAAAAAAUAUAUGAUUGACUACAGAAAAUCUUAUGUCGCUUUGUCGACUAAUUAAAAGUAAAAACCUCAACGGGUCAAAACAUCAACCCACACAAUGUAGAAGUACUAUCUGACGAAAAUAGCACCAUCAAGCGCAGAGUUUUGGAAUUUUCUACCCUAAAAAAUCUGUGAAAGUAACAAACUUAACACAGAACACGAAUGUUAAGGCUUAAAUUGCUAGCUAGCUCAAGACGGAAUAUUGUUGGCUGUCUUUCACAGGCUCAUCUGGCAGAGGAAUGUCCAAAACUUCCCUUACCUUGCCCCAAUAAAUGCGACAAGAAACUGGAGAUUCCACGAGAUGAGGUAUGUUUAUAAAACGCAUUAGCAGGCAACCAAAAUAUUCAACAUUUCUUGGUCAUACAUUUAGCGCAAGCUCAUAAAUUAAUGGAGUUACGGUGAAGGUCUCUGAUUUGUUCAUUAAGGAGAAAACGAGCAGAAUUGAUUCGCAACGUGGACCUUUGGGCAGUGGUUUUGCCCAAAUUUUCUGCGAAUUCGUCUCUUUAAGGUUAAAGACACUUUGAAAACCUUUUCGUUUUGAAAAUCUAAAUGAGUUUUAAAGCCAAACUGAUGCCAAUGAUAUCAGUCUUGCAUCCUUCUAUUUCAAGGUCGAUCAUUCCCCCAACCCACCUCCAGUCCCUAAUUUUAGCUUUUAGCUUUGGAACUUUUAGUUUAUAGAAGCUAUCAAGAAUAGUUUCGGUCAGUAUUUUUUGCUUGUAUUGCGCACACCAAAACCAAUGUUCCACAUUGACGUUCUUUGUUUUUUUGUAGCUUGACAAACACAUUGAGGAGGACUGCCCAAAGACGAAAAUGAUGUGUGAAUUUGAGUCCAUUGGUUGCACACAUCGGGUAAGACUACAAACGGUUCAAUGAUGUUCAAUGAUGUCUUCACUUAUCCUUUAUCCUGCGCAAGCUUGACAGCAGAGGAUAUUCUUCGCCAAAAUAUUGACAAAUCAAGAUUCCUUCUGACGGACCUUAGCUGUUUGUGCCUGUGUGUGUCUUGCCGACAGGCUGGUCCUUCCUUACAGUUGCCGAUCUAAGGCGCGCGUCUUGACCGCCACGCGGGGGCCGCCAUCCUUCACUCUAUCUAGCAUUCCCGUGUCUGCCAGGUGGCCUCCUUCCUAUUAUUCUCCACUAAAUAACUAUAUAGGACAAGAUCAACAUGCCGUAGGGUAUGACCAAGCCAGACUCUCUGUCUUCUGUGGAUAACAGAUAUGAUGGCCUUCUCCUCACCGACACGCCUCAAUAAUAACUUCUUCGUUAGCUUUUUACCAUGAAUUUUCCGGCAAGAACAAAGAUUAAUCUCCUCGAUUAAUCACUAGCGUGUUCAACAAAGUAGAAAUCUGAUUUCUCAUUCUUUUAUGGAAUUUAAAUCUAUGACGUUCCUGCACCAAUGAGCUAAGGAAAGUCCCACUUGUGUCAUUCUUUUCAUUUUACAGUGCAGUCGGGAGAAAAUGCCAAAGCACUACAAGAGCAACAUGAUCGAACACGUCAGGUCGAUCUUUCUGAAGAUUAACGAACAAGAUGAGAGACUGGAGAAACAUGAAAACAUGCUUCAGGAAAACGCAGACCUCAUCAAAGGAGUAGACAAGCGCGUUGGAGAUCUGGAAAAAAUCGCCAACAGUCAGCUGAUCUGGCGGAUCGAGGACUACACGCGGAAGCUGAAGGAAGCGAAGGCGGGCAAUGGUGACACGCUGUUUAGUCCAACGUUUACAACCAGUAAACACGGCUACCGCCUGUGCGCCUCCGUCUGCUUGAACGGCGACGGAAAAGGCAAAGGUUCGCACAUGUCUGUGUUUAUCAGUGUACUUAGAGGUGAGAAACGUUUCAGCACUUGAAUUACGCAUUCACGUUUUCCUGCUCAUUAGACACACGGUCAAAUACCUUACAAAAUGCUCGUAAUUACAGGCUUUAACAGUCAACUCAGUAAUGUCAUUCAUGGAUCAAAAUUGGUUGCAUGUAUUCUGCUGAAGAAGAGAUACCGUUUUGAACGACCAAGGCUAUGUUUAUGUUUACAUUAUACCAGAUAGAUUUUGCGCCGGCGCGAAAAGGAUACCGGGUAGGACUUUUGUUCAUACAUAAGAAUCGUAAUUUCGGCGCGAACCCUGUAUGUAACGAAGCGGAACUGUGCAGCGCCUAUCUCUAAAGUGGAGAAAUACAUAUCGGAUGGGUGUUCAUAAUAUAUUGGAAAGCUUUUCGUGUAUUCGAUAUAGUAUAAACAUACCCCAAGUGGAAUCAGGGCUGAACACUACAUUACAUCGUUUACAUCUAAGUCGUUUCGUUUCACGUACUUAUAACAAUAUAAUUCCUUGAAGUGACAUUUUCAAAAGUAAGUUAGUCUUCUUUCACGCGCGAAUUGCCUCAGUUAUUGAUUUUUAGUUAUCAAUUUCUAUCUAUUAAACCCUAUACUUUUCAAAGAUGGAAGGAAGUAAGAACCGGCUAAUUCGUUGUCCGACUUCCAGGUCAGCUGACUCGUAAGAGAAAUAAUAACAAUUGGCAAAACUCGUUCAUCUCCUAGAAUAAUACACUAUACGAGAUUCAACUUAGGAUUCUCGAUGGUGAUGAUGAUGACAAUGACGAUGUUUGUGCAGAAGUCUGGCAAAAUUAAACUGUCAGCUAACAUGAUGUUCUGAUAUGAGCCUCAGUAUAAUGCAUGGCGUGCAGUUUUGAAAUAUUAAAUAAGCGACAAAUGUCCGUGAAAAGAAAGAACGAGGAAGAUGUGAACUCUCUUCUAGGCCCAGUCUCCAGCCGUGGGUGUCUCGAUGCGCCCGCGGGACUUCCCUAGAGUCGAAUAGUAAAUGCCGAGCAGUGGUCACAAAACGAGUGUAAAUUCAAGCAUUCAUUCUCUACGCUAACACCCAUCGAGAAUUUUUUUAUUGCUCAACUGUGUCCUGUUUCUGUUAUAGGGGCAUUCGACGCUUUGUUAAAAUGGCCGUUCGAUUACAGAGUCACGUUCUACUUGCUGGAUCAAGACCAGGAUCAUACGCAACGUAAACACAUUAAAUUCAGCAUCAAACCUAAUCCCUGUCCAGAGAACGAGCCAUUCCUUGGGAGACCAAAACUGGAGAAAAACGCCAGCUUUGGUGGUGCAAAGUUCGCCAAACACGACGAAAUCGAAACCCGGAACUACCUCAAGGACGAUACGAUAUUUCUGAAGAUCUCUGUUGAUUGUGAUGGAUUAAGUGAGCCGUAGAGACCGAAGCAUUUUUACUGCUUCAUCCGUGAAAACCAAAUUGUGUAAAUAGCGUAGUCUAAGGUAGAUAUCUGAGCACCUGUUUGUGCUAAGUACACAGGGCAAAAAAUGACAUCAAUGGCCAGUGUCAAUUCAACAAGAAAAUCAGUGUUCCUAAAUCACUGGAAAUUUCUUACGAAUAACCUAGUUUUGUUAACCUGUUACUACAUUAGUACACUUAAACUUCACCCCGCGCGCUAACCUUUUCAAGUAAGAAAGUUUUCAUUUUAGGUAACGAAAAUUGAUUUUCAUUUGCGCAGAAUGAAUUUGUCUGUUGAAGGGCCAUUUUGCGCAUCAGGAAGUGUACCCUUGUGCUUCUAGUGUCCAAAAAAUCUUGAGAGAAUCUUCAUAAUACUGUCCCUUUCAAUACUCUCUAACUCCCAAAAGUACGUCACCACUCAUUCAAUUCUCCUUACAGUAAAAUUGCUCAAUCAAACAUACAGCUCGUGAGGAAAAAGAGAAAUGAUCAACAAGUUCAAAAAGGUUUUGACUGUUGAACAACUUCUCCUUACCAGUACCACAGAAUAAAGUGAAGAAUAGGCAAGCUUUCCUCUUUAGAGGCUGAAAGGGACUUUGUUUAUGGAGAAAAGAGGAUGCAGGCAAAAAAUUAGGAGUAGGUCUUUCAGCGUUCGAGUCCGCACUCGGUACAGCACAAUAGAUAUACCCCGUGCGAACCUCAUCGGGGGACAGAUACCUCAUAUCUUUUUUUAGUUUGCAUGUUUUGUCUUCCCUGAUUUCAGACUAUGUGAUGUUACCCCAUAGAACUGUCUCCUCCAAAUGCCAUGGUGAAAGGAAGGUUUUCACACUAAGAUAAAGGUUCCAUUCCCAGAGGAUUAGCUUAGAACACCAACAUGGCCGCGGUUUUAUUGUUUUGGUUCACCAAUAUAGCAGACAUGACGUCAUGUGAAAACGCUCUUUACUUCAUGAAAAGAAAAAAAGGUAAAUUCCUUUGAAAACAUCACGUGGUAUGAAUUGGGAAAACAAAACAUACAAGCUAAAAAAGGUAUAUUUGUUACGAUAACUGUGCAAGGUAGAAGAAUUUAUUAAGCUUCCGACUUCAGAUAAGUACAUGUACAACUGUCUCAUAUCAUUUACUUGGAAGUACCCAAGCACUAAUAGUGCAAAGGGUGUCGAAGAAGAAAACUUUUAAGAAAAGUUAAAAAAAAAAACAAACAAAAAAAAACAAGAAUAUUUAAAAUGUUGAUAAAGCUCCAAAGUUCGCGCAUGCACAUACUUAUACCUAAAACUAUUCUAUUCAGUAUUACCCGUAAUGGAGACAAAAGAUAGAACCACACUGGGCGAGUCGAAUUUUUUCGCAUGUUUUCGGGCUAAGCCGAUUAAGUAUAGUUAAAUAAUAGCUUUGUUUCUUUAUUGCAUUAAGGAGC